AAGAGAUAGCCGAAUCGAUUCUUCGUCUACGUACUGAGCUUCCCACCGUGCUGUCACACGGCGCCGAUUUAGCUAUUUUUCGUUCAUACGAAUUUCAUUUGAUUAAAAACAAAAAAGAUUUUUAAUUACGUAGUUUUUAUAUAAUUUACCUACUUAAGCUACAACUAACCAUAGCGAUUAGUUGAGAUCGUUUAACAUUUUACAAAACAUGAAGCCAGCACUUGCAGAGACGGCACUUCAAAGCCGCAUGGCUCAAGACGACGCAGCAUCCGCUCUCGUCACAUACAUAUUCUCUGGAGUUAUCGGUUCACCCAAAGACAAAGGAGUAUCUUACUCCCUCCACGAAGCGACCGAUAGCACCUUUUCCUGGAUUGCUGCUCUAGAGGAGGAAGAUAGUAUAGGCCAGCCUAUCGACCGGUAUCGUGUGGAUAUUGACAGGUUGUCACGCAAGAUUCAAACCCCAAUGCUUAUAUCGCUCUCAGAGGCAGAGCUCUCAGAGGCGGUUUUGGCGGCAACAGGUCACCACUUGAAGGUAUUCUCAAGGUUCACGGACGGGGCGCUCAGCAUCUCUUAUAAAGUCUCGAUUGAAGAGGAUCCAGAUAUUCAGUACAUUGUGCAGCUGCGUCACCAUGGGAACGUCACCUCGAUGAACCUCCUGAUGAGUUGGAUCUCUUCGAGCAUCAAUCCAAGCAUCCUGCCUCUCCCUGAUGUAUACCCCAUCCCAGGCGAAGAGCAGCGGCAGAAGAGAACUGGAAUGGGCAGGCAAAUAGCGCGGCUAAUGCUAGGUCCAAUGGCUAAUUCUGUCUACCCGCGUAUGUCGCACGAGGAGAAACUAAUAUUCGUCCGAAAUAUGGCACUUGCAUUCCAGGCUUGCUGGCGCAUCCCCCUCCCCAAAGAACGUCUCAUCGGCGAACUUUGCGCCGUCCAGGAUGGUAACUGCGUCGUCUUUACCGUCGGUCCAGACCGGCAUUACAGUCUCGGGGGGCCUUUUGACUCCGUCCGCGACUAUCUCCGCGCUUAUAUCUACUCCUCUUUAGACGCCCUCAAACGGCAACAGGGUAUUGACGAGUAUAAGGAACGAUUUCUGCAACGAAUCACGGACUUUGUGGAGGGUGGCAUGCAUAACAUCCCUAUGAUUGUUGAGGACGUCCCGAUAGUAGCUAUGCACUCCGAUAUGGGCCCUCAUAAUGUCAUUUUGUCACCUACUACACCUACGGACAUCAUGGCAAUCAUCGACUGGGAGUUUGUUGCUAGCGCUCCUUACGCCUCGCUCCACCAAGUCAUUGAGAUGCUUUUUAGGGAACCUGCGAGUAACGGAUUUGGUGCCGAGUACGCACACGCUGACGAGCUCCGUAACACUUUUUGGGGCGCGAUCCCGGAGUGGAAGAAGUGGAAUGAGAGCGAAGCUACAAGGGUGUUUUUGGAGUGGUUCCGGUUUGGGUUGUUUAUGAAAGCGGAAUGGAGACCGGAUGGUUUGGACGAGGAAGAGAAGGAGGCAUACUGGGAGGAGAAUGUGAGGGUAGUGGAGGGGCUGUUGAGGAAGUAUGGGUCUGCUCAUAGAGCGUCUUGAGUUCACAGGAUGUGAAUUCCUUCCGGAUCUAUGCGACGAUUGGAAUUUGCUCCAUCACUACUUGAAGGAAUGGAGUGAGAAAGAUGGGCUCAAGUGGAUUAUAGCGAUGAUUCAUAAGCGAUGUUAUUAUAGGACAGACGAUAAAUGAGUAGUAGUUGGUCCUGAUUAGUUGACUGGGUUAGUUUCAGCAAUCC